GGCUACGGGGCGGGGGCGUGGGGGGGCCGAGCCGAGGUCCCGGGCCGACGAGGGGUCCGGCGGACGUGCGGGGAUGAGCGGAUCCCUGAGCCGGGCGGCGGCGGCUCUGCUCCGCUGGGGGCGCGGUGCGGGCGGCGGCGGUCUGCGGGGCCCAGGCGUGCGGACGGCGGGCUCGGGCGGCGGCGGGGGCAGCUCGGCGGAGCAACUGGACGCCCUGGUGAAGAAGGACAAGGUGGUGGUCUUCCUCAAGGGGACUCCGGAGCAGCCCCAGUGCGGCUUCAGCAACGCGGUGGUGCAGAUCCUGCGGCUGCACGGCGUCCGCAACUACGCGGCCUACAACGUGCUGGACGACCCCCAGCUCCGGCAAGAGCUUUACGAAGGGCCUGAAGCCCGAGGAACACCCGCAGACGCUGUCUUCUUGUCCCUGACGUGUGAUGCAGAGAGGUCUCAGCCUGUGACCCAGGGAACAAAGAUGACUGUGAGGUCUUUCUCAGGUCUUUUCUUUUUCCUGUUGAUCUGGAAGACACACAGAAGGUGGCCACAGAGGGACUGGGUCCCAGUAGACAGAUGUCAGCAUAUCCUAAUCCUGGCCUAACAAAGAAUCUCUUUCAUUUCUCUGUUGUAAAUGUAACACGCUCAUUGAAGAAACUUGGAAACACUGAAGGUAAUAAAGAAAAGGGAAAUUACCUGUAAUUCCAUAUCCACCAUUAUUAACAUUUGGAUCUAGCUUCUAAUCGUUUUUUUAAAAAAAUGCAUUUGAGAUCAUGCGUAUCUGGGCAUAGUAUUUUCCCUCCCGAGAGCAGGGAACAUGUCUUAUGCCACUGCCUGAGUACCUUGUGUAUUGCUUAUGCAGAGCGAGCUUUCCAUGAUUUUGUUUUAAAAGAUUUUAUUUAUUUUGAGAGAGAGCGAGUGCGCAUGUGCACAUGACGGGGGGAGGGGCAGAGGGAGAGAGAAUGCUAAGCAGGCUCCUCACCCAGUGCAGAGCCUGAUACGGGGCUCAAUCCCAGGACCCUGAGGUCAUGACCUGAGCUGAAACCAAGAGUCAGACACUUAACCAGUCAGAUGCUUAACUGACUGAUCCAUCCAGGUGCCCCUCAAUGAUUGUUAUAAUGAAUAAGUAAAUACUAUUAUUUGUCAUAUCAUCAACUCUGUUCCAUGCUCUUAAAAACAUAAACACUCUUAAAUUUCUGCCUCUUCAGAUCACCAUUGUGUUCCUUGCAUCAAAAGCAGUGUCUGUUGAAUGAAUAGCCAUUAUCCUAUUGUUGAAUGUUUAUUAAGCAUUUGAAAAUGUGCGCGGCCUUUUCAGUAUCAGGGAGUUUAAGGCAACAGAAACAAAUCUAUGACACUGGCAAAUGUUAGAAGUCAGAUUAACAAGUGGUGUUUCUGGGCUGGUGUGGCGGAUGUGUUACAUGCUGCAGAUGAGAGUAUAAAAGGGUACUAACGCUUUGGAGGAGUAACUGUCAGUACCGGAUCGGGUUGAAGGUGAACGUAGCUGAAGACCCAGCUGCUUUACUCCUGGGUAUACGGUCUAGAGUGGGGGUUGGCAGACUUCCUUUGUCAAAGGCCAGAGAGUAGAUACUUCAGUCUGUGUGGAUUCCACUCUGCUGUUGUGGCGUGAAAGUAGUCAGAAGGUACGUAAAUGGAUGGGUGUGGCCGAGUCCCAAUAAAACUUUAUUUACAAAAACAGGAAGUGGACCACAUAUGGCCCAAUGGCCAUAGUUUGCCACCCCUUUCUCCAGAGGAAGACCCCCUGUAUUUGAGUUAGAAGACAGAUAAAAGGGUAUUCAUGGACGCAUUGCUUGUAAUAAUGAAAAAUUGGCAAGAGAGGAUCUUGGUCUAUUAGCAGACUGGAUGAACAAACUGUAGUGUAGUCAUGUGGUGGAAAACGAAGUUGUGGCCAAAACUAACUAGAUCUAGAUGGAUUCCAUGUGACUGUAUCUCAAAGAAUACAAUGUUUAGUCAUGAAAUAAAUUGCAAAAAAGGUAACUAUGGCACAAUUCCGUUUGUGUUAAAGGUGUGAAACAGUCCCACGUGUUGUGGAUACACAUGCAGUGCGAGUGUAGUUCAUGGGCAGGGGUGACAUGCCAGCCACAAGCCAGAGGCCACCUCUGCCGGUCUAGAACCUGGCCUUCAGACUCCCAGAAACCUGGAUGGAAAUCCAGGCUCCACCAUUUGCCAGCACUGUGACUUUGGUCAAAUACCCUCCCUGAGCCUUGGUUUCUUCAUCUGUAAAAUAGAGAUAAUUAUGCACUCCCUGUAGGAUUUUUGCAAAGGUUAAGUGAGGUUGUAUAUGUAAAAUACUUAAGAGUAUGAAAUUGAGUAACCCUUAGCUCAGCAAAUGAGUAUUUUCAUGCUGCACGGCAUACCUGAGUGGUAUUUUUCCUUUAUUCUUCCCCACUGCGUGUAUUUCUCAGAGGAGCAUGCCUGAAGGGUGGUGUAGGGGACAUCGUGGUGGAGAGAAUAUCCACCUUGUACCUGGAACUGUGGGAGUUUAAUCCCUUCACUCAUUUCAUCUUCAUGUUAAAUCCAUGAGGCGUAUAGUUAUUCCCACUUCAAGGGUAGGGAAACUGAGGCUAAGAGAUUAGCAGAUUUAUCUGAUGCUGCAUUUACAAGCCGGCAGGCCAAAGCCGGCUGACCCUAAGCGGGUGCCCUGUUCACUCUGUCACUGGCCCCUUCCCUUGCUCUCAGCUCCGAUGAUCUCCUGUGGUACUGACGUCAUUCUCUGUGCUAGGAAGCUAGAGGAGGGGAAGUGACUUGCCCAAGGCAGAAUUAAUCUGCAUCAGAAUGGGAAGCUCCUCCUAUGGUGAAAAUCUACCAAGAAAAAAAGAAAACUAUAAUUAUGGUGCUCCUAUAAUUUGUUGUCCAAACUGGGAACAAAGUCUAAUGUUCUGAAAUGUGAUGAAUUUUGAAAAGUCCCUUUUGAAAGUUUUGGAAGGGAACUUUCUAAUACCUCCCCCCCCCCCUCUGAUUUGAUGCUUUGGAAUAUUCAUUUUUUUGGUGGGGCAGUAGGUAUCUGUAGACUGAUUUUAUAAGACUGCCUCCUUUCUUACUCCCAGUUCCUCUUAUUACCCUGUUACAUAACUUAGCAGUCAAUAUUUUUUGUUCCAAAUUGAAUCAUUGUCAUCUGUCAUCUGUAAAAUAUGAUUACCAUUAAAAUCCAUUUUUGGAUAUCAUUCCCUAAUUUUUAAGAGUUUCUCUCUCUGAUUCUGAAUUAUUCGGAGUGAAAUUUGUAAGAACUAUCGCUGUAUGUUGCAGUUUUUGAAAAUUAAAAAGUGAGAGAAAUUAGCUGUGUCUAAACAAUUAAUAUGUGAAUUGACAGGAUUCAUUUUCAUUUUCAACUUAUGAACAGUGGUCUUUUAUUAUUGGAAGUUACUUGCUUCAUGCUGUAGGAAUCACUUGGCUAUGUCUUUAAAUAUUUAAACCUGUCA